GAGCAGGCGUACUGGCAGGCAGUGCCCGCGAGAUCGAGCGCCAGUGCGGUCGCGUCACGCGUUCCACAUUUAAAAAUCCCGCCAAAACCGCUGUUCGAAUUACGAACUGCAAACUUGGAGACGGAAUUUUAAGUGCACCAUAAACAAACCCAUUCUCGAACGGUCGUGUCUCGCGUCGGAAAGGAGGUUGCAUUUGGCAAAACAAUCGCGACGUAAUAUUUUUUUGCAAUAGUACGUAAGGGCGGAUUGGAGACAAUAAAAGACGCACGGACACACGGUGACACAUCGCAGGAGUGCCGAAUACAUCCACACAGUGCAGUGUCGUGCCAGUGACGUGUCAGUGCCACGAUGCGGAGACGCGCCGCGCCGCGCCACUAGACGGUCCCACGCCGUGAACAUUAUUAUGCAAGAGCGUUCGUAACCGCCUCUAGACUACGCUAGUGAGUUGCAAGUGUUGACAUUUCGCACGCGUCUAUGUGCAGCUAGCGAUGGCUCUCGCGAACUACACGCUGGCGGGCGGCGGUGGCGCCCCGCUGGUGCUGGGCGUGCCGGGGGCCGCGGGGGGCACGGGGAGGGUGCUGGACGAGCUGGCGGCGCCCUCGCUGCUGCCGGGCGCGCCGCUGCAGCCGCACGAGCCCUACGCGCCGCCGCGCCGCUCCAAGCUGCGCAAGCGCGCCGGCCCCGCCUACCUGCCGCCGCCGCAGUACCCCCCCUACCCCCCGCCCCCCGCGCACAUGCACACGCAGGUGUACCAGCACUCCUCGCGCCUCGACGUGUCCAUCGAGAACCAGCGCGUGCAGGAGCUGGGCGACUCCUCGGGGCAGUACGUGCACGACGCCAGCGGCGACUACGACUACGACCAGCGCCGCCGCCCGCCCUACCGCCCACCCUAUACACCCGCCACGCCGCCUACGAUCACACAGUCUAGUCGAAGGUUCGAGGGGAAUCCGAACCAGAAUGUGAACUUCAACUUCGCGCAGCCGGCGGCGACGGCGCCCCCCGCGACGCCGCCCCCGCCCCCGCGCGCGCCCCCGCCCCCGCGAGCCCCCGAGUUCACCAAGGUGGAGCAGGGCGCGCCCGGCGGCAAGACACAACUGCAUGCAGUACUCGACUAUGACGACGAGGACUACUAUGACGAAAUACCUGGGCCAGGACAGCCAUCGAUAACGCCGCUGCAAGGGCCGAUUCUACUAAGAAAUGGAACAGUCCCGGUGGUGCCACUAACUUCAUAUCCAACAGUCAAUAAUGGAUCUUUUUACCAAAUACCAAUCCUUUGGACAGCACUUUCCCUAGCACUGGGCUACGAGCUGCAAGGGCAAGUCAUCAAAGGUGUUCCCUGUGUGAAACGAAAUUACCAGCUUUAUUGUCCUACUGCUGGGAAUACCUACCCAUUAGAUAAGAUCGAGACGUUCAUAGACGAGAACAAGGCGCUAAUAAAGAGGAUGUACGGGUCGUUCACGACACCGGGCGGGAACCGGGUGCGGAGGGCGCCCGGGGUGCCGGACCUGCAUCACGGAGACUCGUUCUUCCGCCACGCCAGGCAGACGUCCAAUGCGCCACCGCCUGACCCGCAGUCGGUGAAUAGUACUGGCAGGAUAGACGCGUGCGAGAGCAAGACGGAGAUCAUGACGCCGUACUGGGCGCUGAACUCGGCCAGGAAGCUGCGAGCCAUCGUCAACACCAUGCACUUCGAGCAGGCCAUACACCAGGAAGUCUGCAGCAAGAAAUCCACAAACCGGUGUUCCAACGACUGUGGCUGUGAACAGAAGUACAAAUGGCACCGUCUCCUAGCGUACGAUCCUAACGACGACUGCGCUGGCAUCUUCAUGGACUGGUUCCUUUUUCCAUCGUGCUGUGUCUGCAGAUGCAACCCUUAGAGGCCAUAGACAAAACUGCGAAUGCGCGUGAGGCGAAGUUGUAAAUUUCGUGACGUCCCGCUCUCUCCUAUGAAAUAGAGUGAGUGGGAGGGAAAAGGCUAGUAUGCCACAUGCAUCGCAUCGCAGUAUUGAACUAUUUAGUAAUCUGUGUACCACUUGUGUUCAAGCCAGCCCGAACGUUACGUUUAAAUGGUGCGGUAAUUAAGGAUUGGCUAAUCUCGAGUUGAUCACAGUUUUGACGGAACUCCUGAAACAUUAGGUACCUGUAUGGUACAGUAUAGGUGCAGUGUGUUGAAUUUAUAAAGGAGUUGUUACUCCUUAGUUGAAGAGUACCAGUCUUGCAUAAUACCUACAUACAAAACUGAUAGCUUCAGAUUUUUUAUUGAAAA